AUGAGCCCGCCCGGCGCGGAGGCCGCUUUCGAGCAGCUCCAGCUCCGAGCGCGGGGCUCCGAUGGGGAGGACGACGACGAGGAGGAAGAGGUCGACGUCGUGGGCCAGAGCCGCCGCGGAUUCCUCCGCCGGCAGGAGGAGCCCGAAAGCCGCUCUGCCGGGGCCGGCGAGACGCCAGAGGCGGCGCCGGCGGGGCUGUGCAAGCCGCCCUACUCCUACAUCGCGCUCAUCACCAUGGCCAUCCUGCAGAGCCCGCAGCAGAAGCUGCCGCUGAGCGAGAUCUGCGCCUUCAUCCGCGGCCGCUUCCCCUACUACCGCGCGCGCUUCCCGGCCUGGCAGAACUCCAUCCGCCACAACCUCUCGCUCAACGACUGCUUCGUCAAGGUGCCCCGCGAGCCGGGCAGCCCGGGCAAGGGCAACGACUGGCGCCUGCACCCGGCCGCGCAGGGCAUGUUCCACAACGGCAGUUUCCUCCGGCGCAGGAAGCGCUUCAAGCGGCCGCCGCCGCCCGCCCCCGCCGGCAUCCUGCUCUUCCCGCCCCUCCGGCCACCGCCGCCCGGCCCCCCGCUCAGCCCCGCCGCGGCCUCCCUGCCGCUGCCGGAGACGGAGGGGCAGCCGCGCGCCUGGCAGGCGGGACAGAAGCCGGAGGCGCCUGCGCGUCCCGAGCCCGGCCGCUUCAGCGUGGAGAGCCUGCUGCGGGGCUCCAAGGCAGCUGCCGCGCCUCCUCCCGCCGCCGCCCAGCCGAGCACGCUGAUCCCGCCCCCGCUGGCCGCCACGUGGAGCGGCUGCCCGGCCUGGUUCUCGCGCCCGCCGCGCCUCUUCCCCACCGCAGCCGCGACGACCUGGCUGGGCGCCCCCGGCCGCUCUCCCGCUGCGCUGGUCUCGGUGGCGGGCGCAGCUGCCGCCGCUUUCUAG